AUGGUAAAUGCAAAUGAAUGGUUUAAUCAAAAUUAUCCCGCAAAAGGUAUAUGUCAGAGGGUGGAUGAUAGAGAAAAUUAUGGUAAAAGAAGGGAGGAAAUCAUUAAUUUAGAUAUUAGUAAUCAAAAUUUAGAAGGUUACAUAGGUGGUCCGGACGGUGGUAUUCUUGGUGACAUAAAUAAAUUGGAAGUAAUUGAUUAUUCUCACAAUCCACGAUUGGUAGGUUUCGGAUUAUUUAGGCCGUUCCCUCAACUCAGAAAAAUAAACAUUUCUCAUAGUAAUAUAGUGAAAGUUGUAAUGGCAGCAGUUCCUCGUCUUAGUCAUUUUGACGUUAGUGGUAAUUCGCUUGCGACUUUAGACCUACGGGGAUUGAGCGGAAGUCUAGAAGUGUUGAAAUGUUCGGAUAAUCCUCUUAUUCCUCUAGUCUUAGUUAUAUCGACAAGUCAAAUACUACCUCUCCAACUUCUCCCGUUUCAAUUGUGGAAACGAUAUUUGUCAAUAAUCCCAAUGAUUCGCAUACAAUUGUGGGACUUGCUAUUUCUCUAG